GAGAAAUGAGUUACGGCGUGGUGGGAGGCCUCGCUGCUCCUCCUCUGAAUGUAAAUGCAAAUUCAUCUCUCUCUUCCUGCGUAUGCUUCUGGAGUCUGAGUGAUGGGGGUGGUGGAAGUGGGGGUGGCGGCGGCGGCGGCGGCGAUUCCAUCCACUUGGGUAAUACCAGUGCGAGUGGUUAUAAAUGGCGUUUGGUUAUAGCGUAUGAAGGCACCCGUUAUUCAGGUUGGCAAUAUCAGCAGUCACCGCCAACCAUACAGUGCAUUGUGGAAAAAGCAUUAACCAGAGCGACAAAGCUAGAAAGGGAGGACCUGUACUUGGUAGGUGCAAGUAGAACAGAUACAGGAGUCCAUGCCUGGGGUCAGUUAAGCUUUCAGGUGGCACACUUUCUUACUCCUUUCAACUAUGAUGGCUUGGAAAGCAUCCAUGCAGCCCUAAAUGGUCUUCUUCCUCCUGAUAUCCGAGUUAGAGAGAUUAGCCCAGCAGUACCUGAAUUCCAUGCCCGUUUUUCAGUGAAGAGCAAGAUUUAUCAUUAUAAGAUAUAUAAUGACGCUGUCAUGGAUCCUUUUCUGCGUCAUUAUGUGUAUCAUAGUGUAUAUAAACUCAAUACUCUUGCCAUGAGGGAGGCUGCAAAGCAUUUCACUGGAAAGCAUGAUUUCUCUGCUUUUGUCAAUGCAUCACAUAAUGAUCGGUCACCAAACCCAGUUAAGAAUAUUUUCCGGUUCGAUGUCAAUGAAAUGGGUGCUCUUUUGCAGCUUGAAGUUGAAGGUUCGGGUUUUUUGUAUCGACAAGUGAGGAAUAUGGUUGCUCUGUUGCUUCAAAUAGGAAGGGAAGCAAUUCCUCCUAAUAUUGUUCCCUGGAUUUUAGCCACUCGAGAUCGAAAGGAGCUUGCUAAAUACGCAUUGUCUGCACCACCCCAUGGACUCUGCCUCAUGAGUGUCAAGUAUAAUGAAGAGCACCUACAGCUUCCUUCAGGUUGUCCAGCCACUAGUCAUGGCAGGCAUCAUACUGUACGCAAAUGUAAGCUUCCAUUCUAUUGAUAAAUUUUGAAUUGUACCAGAAAGAAGAGGAAAUUCAAGAAAUUUAUAUCAAAUCAUUCAAGUUCAA